AUGCCAGGACCAGCCAUUAGUACAAGUCGUUUGGAGAAUAACUUGAUGUAUCUAGAUGAUUACUUGGAUACAUUAGAGUCGCUACCCGCAGAAUUACAACGCAAUUUAACAUUAAUGCGACAACUUGAUACGAAUACACAAGAUGCCAUAGAUAAUGUUUCCAAACAAGCCACCACCUUGUUAGAUAACUUACCUGAUCUUAGUCGAGAAGAUAGAGUGGAGCAACUUAAAAAGCUUGGAAGUUUAUUGACUGACAGUUUAAAAAAUGGAGAAGAAAGGGUCUCCCUGGCCACCUCAACAUACGAUACCGUCGACCGUCAUAUCAGAAGACUCGAUGACGACCUUCAAAAGUUUGAAGACGAACAAAUGACAGGUCCAGGUAGGGUUAGUCCGGCAGCCACUUCCAAUGUUGUUCGCGAACCAGAUGUAACUCGCAAACAAAAUCAAAAGAACGAUAAAGAAAAGAAAGAUAGUAAAGCUGAUAAAAGGGCACAACAAGGUGGUGAUACGUCAAACCACAAAAAACGCAAGACCAACAACGCCAAAGACACGGCCACGCCACCACCGACGACAUCUCGGAAUCAUGGAGAUAAAGAUCGUGAGAAACCAAACAAAAGAAAGAAAGAUAAUAGUAAAAAUAGUAAAACUAAAGCGGCAGCAAUCGAGAAAACAAAUGAUGAUACAACAGCCGCAGCAGACAUGCCUAUCGAUCCUAACGAGCCGAUUUAUUGUUAUUGCCAACAAGUCAGCUGGGGUGAGAUGGUCGCUUGUGAUAACAGUGAAUGCGAGAUCGAAUGGUUUCAUUAUCCCUGCGUUGGUCUCAAAUCCCAACCGAAAGGCAAAUGGUAUUGUCAUGAUUGUACAGAUAAACCUAAAAUACGUCACAGGAAAUGA